AUGACGGAGACUCCUCGCUCUCGCUCCAUAUCUCGUGCGAGUACUCCGGGUCUUUCACGCCCUUCCCCAUCACGUCUUACCAUAUCCCCGAGUCUUCGCCCAACACCCUCCCUAUCCAACCUUCACAUCCAUGGUCACGCCUCGACACCAGCGGUUGACAUACCUCCGCUGCCUGCGAGAGUUGUCGACAACAUCCUAGACAGCUCAGCGUCAUCUGUCAUUGAUAUGGAUCCAGCAGAGGGUAUUCUAGUCCAAGAUAUCGAUGCUGACGCCGAACAUACAGACGCGGAGGACGUUGAGACGAUUGACAAGUCAGGCAUGGUGGCUAUUCAGGAUGAGGGCCCAAAACAGAUGCUCAGGGAUCAGUUGAGAAAGAGUUUGAGCCAGAGAGCAACACUUCCAGAAAGCCCUCGCAAUCGGUCAGGUGGGAGGCUCGCACAAGCGCAAGAUCUCACCUUUGAUGAAGCAAGCCUAUAUCUACCAAGAGAGUAUUUCGUGCUCACUGAUGCAGGAAAGCCCGUCUUCAUCAGCCGCCCUGGAGGAGACCAGGAUGGCAUGGCCUCUACAAUUGGCAUCAUGCAGGCCUUGAUAUCUGUCUUUCUGGACGACAAUGACAAGCUCCGUGCUAUUAAUGCCGGACGGACACGGAUAACUUUUCUCCUACGACCACCACUAUAUUAUGUCUGCGUAUCAUCAUGGGGAGAACCUGAAUCAGUGUUCGAAGAUGAAGACCUCCAUAUCAUCAUGAACACCAUCCAUUCACCUUCGAUAUUCAAUUCUCCUGCCUCCGCUUCAUGGAUCCCUGUGUGUCUUCCCAAAUUCAAUCCAGCCGGUUUUGUCAAUACGUAUAUCACCUUUCUACGGAAGGACAACACAAGUCAGCCCCAGGAAACGCCUAUAGCCUUAUCGAGCGACGACGCCAGUUCCCCUGUCUCUGAAGAGAGCUCUUCUAGCGGCAAAUCUGACUCUCAAGAAGGACUCAAUGAGUCCGGGAUCGCCCUAGUUUGCGUCAGCGUGGGGGGCGACUUUGAUCUAAUCAGAAAUUGGUGUGACGCCGUGGUAUCUAAAAUGACGGCAGAUGGGACGUUGGAUGCACUCGUUCAUGCGUACCAAGCUAAGGAGAUGGACUAUUCUGUGUCUGAAUUGGGAAUCCCGGGUUUACGACACUUCGUCUACAAGUCCCGAACGCAAGUUCAAAUUACGCUACCAACCUUUGAGGACCCAUACGACCAAACAAAUGCUCGAAAGCGGAUCAUGACACUCUAUCAAGUCCUUCACGAUUCAAUACAUGCUAAGUCAGGGCAGGAUGGGGGACUGAAGCUUCAAUAUAUUCGCACAGAUAUGGAGAGCGUGAUGGGAUGGAUUACACAACCGUUCGAACUCUACAUCGCACUAUCACCCCUUUUACCGAAGAGCGCCGCUGUUGGUGCAGCUAAUGCAGUUGCAAGAUGGGUUAAGCGAGAGGAGGCUCGGUUGUUCUUGCGAGAUGCACCGGUGUUCUGA